AUGGGUCUAAUCAUGAGCUUCAUGGGAAAAGGAUUGCCAACACAGCUUAUAAGUAAGGUGACGGGAAAAUUUCACGAGUCUUUCGUGGAUAAAAAUAUCACGGAUUUUGAAGGGUUCCAUCUGGCAAUUCUUGACAUGUUCGUCACUGUGAAUGGUGCAUUGCCUGGUAAGCACUGGAUUGUGCCUUCGCGUGACAAAAUCGAGGAGUGUUUUAAGGAAUGGAAGCAACUCGAUGAAGAAGGCAAGAAGAAGAAGGUCCUAGAGUUCAUGGAGAAGAACAUAAAACUAAACAGGUUAGAUCAGACUGCGCUCAUCAUUGGGCUGGCAACACCACCUGCAUCAAUGGCAGCCAAGAGAGCCGGUGAAGGUGUGCCUCAGCUCAAAUUUAUUAAAUCCAUUCCAGACGUGCUGUUUGUACCUGCUGCUACAUUGGUUGCUCUUGCAUCAGUUAAACUUUCCAGAAAGAUAUUCCUCCAACACGCAGCAUCUGAAGACCGUCUAAUUGAAAACCAUCCUGGAACAUCGAAUUCUUAA